AUGUAUUGCAUACUGGAGCUCAACUACAAUAAUAGGGUAUUUGUCCGUAAUACCUUGUCUUAUGCUAAUGGUUUCACAUAUACCAUAGAUGAUAAUGAUGUUUCUGCUCUCACCUACUCCGAAUUUGUGACUUGGAUUCAACGUUACAUGCAAGAAGAGUUCAAGAAGCUUUAUUACUGUGAGCCAGAAAAAACAUUAGUAGAAGGGAUUCAUCAUAUUGCUAAUGAUGUUGAGUAUGCAACUUUUAUAUUUGAUGCUUACGGAACAGAUGGAAAGAUUUUUGUAUAUGUUGACCAUGCUGGUGUUGAAAUAGAAGAAUGGUUUGGUGAUAACCUGGAUAAAGAUGAUAAUUGUGAUUCUUGCAUAAUGGGUCGGGAUAAUGAGGAUAAACUGGAUAACUUGAUGAAUGUUAGUGUUGAUUCUACAAGUGAAUAUGUUGUUAUAAAAAGAACAUCAAAUGAUGACUUGUUGAGUAAACUAUGUGUCCUAGAUGAAGAGGACAACUUACAUAACACAUUAGGUGAUGAGGAUUCCUUGACUCUUAUCCAGGAGUUUAGUAGCCUGAUUCUUGCAAGUGUUGGAUGUGUAUCUACGCAAGGCGUAGAUAGCCUCUACGCGUCGCAUAAAAGGAAACGUGAUGACGAGGCUUUAAUGAUCUACGAGGGCAUAGAUCUUAGUAUAUUUGAGGAUAGGAGCAAGGCGAUGGCGUGA